CUGUAAAUAUUACUAUACUCACCACAUCUACUCUUGAAGUAGAGAUUGAUGAUCAAGACCAAGAAGAGGUGAAGGAAGUGGCCAAAGUUAGACUAGGCAAGAAAAAUCGAGAGGAAAUUGAUACAGCCUUUAAGGCAAAAACUGGAAUUCGAGCCGUUAACGCCGAUGAUGAAUUAAUUUCAUUGCACUUCAAUGAUACAGAACUUGAAGAAAUUGAUUGUUUCACGUACCUGAUCUCCCAGAUCAAAUCGCUGAAUUUUUAUAUGAAUUCGUUGGCAAGCUUGAAUAAGAUUAGAGAGACCAUAAAGUCAAAGAUGUUUGGUAUCAAUUAUGAUCACGAAAACUACUACGAUAAGGAUUAUAUAAUCUAUGCACUCAUUGUAAUUCGAGAAGUUCAAGGUGGGAGCAUGAAAGACACGAAACUGGAAGCUUGGUUCAAUUGUCACAUUUGGAGUGUAAUCUUUGACCAAGCUUUUGGUGAUAUUAAUGUGAUAUCCGUCGUCAGGGGCGAGAGUACAAGUUUGGCAACAGCUUAUCGAAAAAAUAUGAAAAGAAAAUCUGAAGAGAGACGAAAAAUGGGUCGCAGGGGUGAUUGGAUCGUGAGGUUCAUCACUAAUAGUGACAAACAUGAGUUUGAAGCAAGCGAAGCUGGAAAUGUUUGGACGGAUGAUCAUGAAACCAAGUUUCUUGAGGCGGGUUUGAUAUUACCCAAAGUUCUUAAGGAUAUGCUGGUAAAGUUAAUGAAAAAAGUAGAUUAG